AUGGACAAUAAAGAGAUAACCUGUGGAAUCUUUAUUGAUUUGAAGAAAGCAUUUGAUACAGUUGAUCACAAAAUCUUAUUGUCUAAAUUGUAUUAUUAUGGAAUUUGGGGAACGGCUUAUGAUUGGUUUUGUUCAUAUUUAAAUGGACGAACUCAAGUAACUACAAUGGCAAAUAUUGAUUCAAAUGAGGAAAGUUGUUUGUAUGGUGUUCCACAGGAUUCUGUUCUUGGGCCUUUAUUAUUUCUGUUGUACAUUAAUGAUAUUUGUGUUUCGACAGAAAAGCUAAAUUUUUAUCAAUUUGCUGAUGAUACAA